AUGAUCACACUUACAGACAUUGAAAGAAUAGAUUGCCUUCUUAGUCAAGUGUCUGGUGUAGACGGUCGUGCGGUUGUAGCUCGCGUUCUACAGUCGAGUUGGAUCCUCUCGGUAGCAACGACGACACGUAACGUUGUUGCAUUUGGUGACGAGGAGCGGGAUAUCGAGCAAGAUAUCGGAACAGAAUUUGGACAGAUCGCUUCGUGGAUCAGUCCUCGUUUAGUGUUGUCACGUUGUAACAAAAGCGGCAUCAUGGCAGAAGGCGGUGAAGUUGAUCAGCCAGGUCAAGCAGCAUUGGUGCCUGGGCAGGGAUCACGACUUCUGGCAGUCCCAGAGAAGUUUGCAGACGGAGACGUUGAGUUAUGGCUGGAGCGCUUUGCUUUGUGUGCGGCUGCUAAUAGCUGGAAUGCAGAUGCCAAAGCGAAGAUUCUCCCAACGUACUUGAAAGGAAGGGCAUACGCCGUGUACCGUCGACUGACGGCAGAACAGAAGGCGUCGUACCAUGUGCUAGCUACGGCGUUGAAAGAAACUUUUCUGCCUGGAACAGGAGAACGACGUCGCUUAGCGAGAAGGCAGUUCUCAGAGCGAUCGUUACGUGAUGGGGAAGCGCUUGAAGUGUAUGCGAGAGAACUAGAAGAUCUACUGGAUCGUGCUAUGCCUGGGCUGGCGGAAGAUCUGAGAGAACAACAGCUCAUUGAUCGCUUUGUUGAAGGUCUGCCCCCGCACGCCAGGUAUCAGUUGGAUUUACACCAUCUUGGACGAGUGAAGAGUUACAGAUCAGACAGCGGAAAGAUCCUUUAA